AUGUUGAAAGAUGAGGAUCAAGACUGGUUUGACAGGAAAAUACGGAAACAAUUAUUCUGGAUUUUAGUAGUCUCCGAGAGAGCACAUGGUGUCCGUAGAAAUCGGCCGAUUACUCUACCAGUCACGCCCUCGACCUACCCACUCGACGAUCCACUCGACGCAUAUGAAGAGCUCGGAUUACGCUACCUCACAUCAAUCUUUCGGCCCCUUAGUGAUAUCUUCUUCGCAGUGUGGAAUGGAUCUACUGAAGAUUGUAGUAAAGAGUGGUUGCUGAAACUCGAACGCGACGUUCGUACUGCGUUGCCUGUGGUACUCGAGAUCUCGAAUGAAGAGACCGCAAAUAUCCGUAUAUCGCAAUUCUGGUUACAGAUCAAAUUAUACCCUAUCCUGGUGGCCAGAGACUUGACCAUCCUUUCAAUGAAGCUGCCUAUCCAGAGUCUACAGAUUCACGGGGUCGGCAUGACUGAAAAAAUAUUCGACAUUGCCUGCGCCCUAGCAGAUGUUCUACCUUUUGUGUCCUUUCCGGUGUCGCAAUUGGAACUUAGCCCCUCUGAUUACUUGACGCAGUUGAUGCUGCUCUUAGCAAAGCUACCAGGCGGCUCCUCGAAGUUCAUACCUCUGCUGCUGGCCAAGGUCAACGAAUUACUUCCUGACUUGAUGAGGCACAUGUGUGAAGUGAUUCAAAUGCCCAUCCAUACGAUCAACGAUCCUAUGAGCCCAGGCACGCGAUUCGUAUAUGAAGAGGAGGUUGGUAGAGGUCUUCACGCAGAUUUGAGGAGAAUGGCAUAG